UCCAAAUGUGUGUCGCGUUCUCCGCAGACUCUGGGACCAAAGGGACUCCAUGUCCCAUCGGGCAGCGCGCAGCAGAGUGCCGCGGGGGCCGCCGGGAAUUGUAGUUAUUUUUGGGUCCAGCUGGUUAAGAAGGCGACAGGAAGCGGUGUCUUUGGACUACAAGUCCCAGAGAGCGGCGGCAGUUCGGACCCCCCGCACUGUUUGAACUGAGAUCCAGGCAAGAAGGAACGCUUGACAACCCGGCUGGAGCAGCCUCAUCGAGGAGCGCAGCAGCAUGUCGGUCAAGGGCGAAGACGUUGUGCGGAUCGCCAGAAAACUGGAGAAGAUGGUGGCCAAGAAAAGCACGGAUGGGGCUCUGGAUCUGCUGAAGGAGCUGAAGGGGAUGUCGGUGACUUUGGAUCUGCUGCAGUCCACUCGCAUCGGGAUGUCUGUGAACGCGCUGCGGAAACAGAGCAACAACGAGGAGAUCAUCACGCUGUCCAAAACGCUUAUCAAAUCCUGGAAGAAGCUGCUCGACUCCUCUGAGCAGCAGAACAAAAGCACUCCUGCCUCCACGUCCUCCAAAGAGUCCAGUUCCACCAAGAAGAGUGAACCCCGUAAGAUUCCUCCCCCCCCCAAAAUGACCCGCUUCCCACCUCUUCCGGUCACCACAGAUUCCGUGCGUACCAAGUGCCGCGAGAUGCUGACCGCCGCGCUGCAGACUGACGGAGAUCACGUGGCCCUCGGAGCCGACUGCGAGCUGUUAGCGGCACAAAUAGAGGAAGUCGUGUUCAGCGACGUGCAAAGCGCGGACUUAAAAUACAAGAACCGAAUCCGCAGCAGAAUCUCAAACCUGAAGGACUCGAAGAACCCGGAGCUGAGGAAGAACGUCCUGUGCGGGGCAAUUACCCCGGAGCAGAUUGCUAACAUGAGCUGCGAGGAAAUGGCAAGUAAGGAGUUGAAGGAGAUGAGGAAGGCCAUGACGAAGGCUGCCAUCCAGGAGCAUCAGAUGGGCAAGACGGGGGGCACCCAAACGGACCUGUUCACCUGUGGCAAGUGCAAGAAGAAGAACUGCACCUACACCCAGGUGCAGACCCGCAGUGCAGACGAGCCAAUGACCACAUACGUGGUGUGCAAUGAAUGUGGAAACCGCUGGAAGUUUUGCUGAGGCUCCUCGGGUCCCGCA